CUCGGGGUCAGCAAUGGCAUGGAGGCUGGAUCUGGAUCUGCGACGGCAAACGGUGUGCCGCCUUGAGACGGUCCGCCCGCUUCCUCUGUCCUCAUUCCAUCGCCACGUAGGUCGUUAAUCCCGCCCUCGCAGCGAUAUACGAAGUUCCUAACAAAACCAGCAGGUCUUCCCAAGAACUAUCGCUCGCCCCUAACUUCCGCCGGAAUCAAAGUCUCUUGCUCCCCUUUCUUCCAUGGUAGCAGCAAUGGAGGAGGAGGGAGCCUGGCCGUCGGAGCUAGCUCCGAUGCUUGAAGCCGCUCCCGAUUUCACCUCAUAUCCGGGUAUCCAAAUCCUCCUUGGUUCGCUCUUCUCCUCUCUUGUCAGCCAAUCCCUAUUUGCAGGAUUGCAGAACGAUGCGUCGGCAAAGCAGUUCCUCGAUCGUUGCUCCCUUACCGUUCUCUUUGGGGACACGCACAAGCUUCGGGAUUAGCCUGGAUCUGUGCACAAGCUUUGGGAUUAGCCUGGAUCGCCAAGCUUUCGGGCAUUUCAUAUGAAGGGUAAACUGGUCGGGUUGAGAGUUACUGGAAAAAUUAAUUAAACAGUCCUUGUUGAUCCUAGCAGUGCUGCAAAUUUGUGGCCUCUUUGAAUAUUCUUGCAGGAAUUGGGCCUGUUGGUUCGUUAGAAGAAAAAAGAUGCACAGAGGUCUUUUUUUUCUUCUUUUUUCUUCCCACAUGAUUCAGGUUGAGGUGUAUUAGAUUGAUACGGAUUAUGCUCAAACGGACUUCCCAGUCCACGAAUCCAGUAGGAAAUUUAACCCAAAUCCUGCUGGAUUAUCCAAAUAAAACCCUUAGUAAAUUAAAUCUUGGACCUCUUGCUUCAAGUACAAUAAUGACUUAAUGAAUCCAAUCCUCUUGUCAUUUUCUUAUCCAGUGUCCAUCUUUUUCCCAUCAAUAUUUAUUCUGCUUAUUUCUUUUGGUGACUGGGGCAAGAGAUAAGCAGUCCAUGUAAAUUCAAAAAUUUCAUUUAUAUCAUAUCAUAAUCCAUAUUCCUUCGGCCAUAAUAGAAUUGCAAAUUUUUGGAGUCUGUUUUGUGAAUUGGUCUUUGUUUUAAAUUCCUAUGUAGGGCUAUGUCAAUACACAUAUGACUUAUGAAUAAGGAAAACUUUAUAACUUGCGGAAAUAAAUUAAUAAAUUUCUUGUUCUUGUUAUUGUUCUUCUUCUUGUUCUUCUUUAAACAACAGAUUGGAAAUAACCUACUAUUGUAUACGUUGUCACUUACCAAUGAUGAUCUUGACAUAAUGUGCUUGUAUAAAUACAUUCUUGCUGCAAUGAACAAGUGAUUGCAUAUGUUUAUGCACAUCAAAUACAUGGAACAUUCUAUGGCUGUUCAGCAAUUAAAUCAUGAAUAAAGGUAUAUUAUGCAAUUUGACUCUAAUAGCACUCUAUACACCUAUUUGUGAUUUAUUCUGAGCAUAAUCUUAGUUGGAUGCACUAGCUUAAUUAAAACUUCGGGAACAUCAUUGAGAGGUUUUUCAUCCUCUUUUUCAUGGUUUUCAUGAUUGUAGUUAUUCUUAUUCUUGAUUGUCAUGCUCAAGGAUGGUUCCUACAAGCUUCUAAAACCAUGGAAUCUUCACUGUCAUAAGGAACGUUUAGCAAUGCUCAUUUAUGGAGAGGUAGAAUUUUGUUAUAUUUCAUGGAAUCUCUUUUGUAUUUUACUUAAGACAUAUAACGUAUCUCUUAAGGAUCAUCUUUAAGAUAAAUAAACGAUCUUACAACCCUUUUCUUUUCUUUUUUUUAACAAACUAAGAGCUGUAACCAGAGAAGAUGAUGAAAGAUGGUAUUGUUACCUCAUUGUUGUUGAGAUGAACUAUCUACAAAUCCAAUUUUUCCUUUUUGAGGAGUGUGAGGAUUGUUAGAAUGUUAUGAGCAGCUUCAAGUUUAAACAAUGUUGGAAGUGCAUUGUGCAGAUUUUGUACCAAACUGAUUAUGCUUCAUCUCCUGCAUCAUUCAAUCCCUCACCUCUAUCUUGUCCAAUGAAAACCUGAUGUUUCAUGAUUUCAUGAUCAACUGAAUUAGGACCAGUCCUACCUAUGAUAUUGUUAGUGGGCUUCACUUUUAAGGAAUUCUAGAGUGUGACAAAUUUUUUGUGAAUUUUGUGAAGUACAAAUGGUCUGAGAGUGACAAAAUUCUACUAUAAUGCAGUCGUAAGACUUUUAAUAGUUUUUUGCUUAUUAACUUCCUAUUUUUUUAUUGUUAACAAGCCAAAAGUCACAUCUCUUCAUAUCCAGAACCAAGUCUAGUUUGAAGUACUUAUUCCAUCCAACCUUGUAUUUUUGUCAGGUCUCUUAUCUUCUACAGAAUGCUGAAGAUAAUUUGGCUGCUAUCCAGAUUAUUGCUGGGUAUAAUAUUGAUCCACUUGUGAUGAACUGCUAACUUGAAGGCUACUCCAUUCUUCCCUUAUUUCAGCCUUUUUUUCUUGUUUGAAUUAGUAUUUCUUUUUAUGUUGAAAUUUGUUUAUAGAAUCCUAUGAUCUCAGGCUUGUAGUUUGGCCUUAAUCUGAACAUAAAAGAACUGGACAUUUGGUCCUACAACUUGAAAACCCAUGCGUAUGUGGAUUUUUUUUGGUGCAUGCUAGUGCUUUUUUCCAGCUCUUUUUUUCUUGUAUACCAUAAUGAUCCUCUUUUUGUAUGCUAAUCAUAUUUGCUAAAAUAAGGAUUUUUUUUUUCUUGGGUACCACAUUUUGUUACUUUAGAUGAAGUGAAUUCUGGGAGGACACUUGUAGUUAAUUGGACAUGGAAGUAUAGAUUUCUAUCAGGGAAUGCAAACAGAAAUUAGGCCAUCUCAAGAUGCAUCUGCCUUUUUAUUUACUAAGAAGAUGCGACAGCAUUUCAAAUGUUUUUAAUUAUAUGAGCAACAUAAAGAUAUGCUUUAAAAUUGGAACUGCAUUUAUGGUAUUCCUAUUUCUUCACAAAUGGUGGUUAUGCUGGUUGUAUUCGCAUCUGUGAGCUGCAUGUGGCUGUCUCAGAUCAGUGCAACUUUUGGCUUGCAGUGAUUCCGUACAUGCUUUUAUUAGCAGCAGCCAUUGCUUCUGAAGCUAAUUUCCCUUGCAGUGAUUCCGUACAUGCUUUUGGCCAUUGCAUUCUAGUAAUCAUACUGCAUUAUCUUGAAUAUUCUCUGUUUAUGAUUAUUCAAUGCAAGUGAUAUUAGCAUAAACCAUAAAUUCCCUUGUUUGCACAAGCUAAUGGAGAACAGGAUAUCUAAAUAAGCUGUGACAUGCCUGUAGAGCAAAAUGGUAGCAUUCUCUGGUGGCUGCAUUGUUUUUCUUUGCAUGUCCUGUCCUUGUGAGAAUUAUUAGAAGAAAACCUCUGAACUUGGAGAAUUUCAAGCCCAUUGAGAUGCAGUGCAUGGGAUGCUAAAUGUAACUAUUAAGAAAAUCUGGGAACAUUUUAACAAUGAAGAUGCUUGGAUCGAUACAUUUUCUUCAGCUCUUAAAGUGAGGGAAGAUCCAGUGACUAAUUGAGAAUGAACUAUGAAUAGUAAUAUGUAAUUCCUUGCAGCAAUUUAUCUUCUUAUUUCUUAACUUAUCCAACAUCCAUCUAUGUUAAUUAAUGUGCUACAUGUUGUGCCCCUUAGCUGAUAUCAAAGAGAGGACGUCAUAAUGGAAAUGAUGUUGUCUGCUUUUUUCCUUGGAAGUUACUAGCUCCACAAUUUUCCAAGUUUCAAUUCCAUUUGCUCUUUUUUUUAAUAUGUUCAAAUAGUUACAAUACUUUGAGGAAUUUAUGCAAUAUAUAUUCUGCAAAGUGCAAACUAUUCUUGUCAUGCUUAAAUAUUCUUCUGAAUACAUGUGAAUGAGUGUCACAGGCAGGGAUUCGAAUUUUUGCUCUCAUAGAAAAACUUUUUCACUCUUUCUAGCUCUGUUGCAUCAACAGUUUACAACUCAAACCUGCCGAACUUAUUUGAGAUAGAAGUCAAUAACAGACAUGAAAUGCCGACAACCUUGAGUGCUCUGUAGCUUUUAUAAGAGGUGUGUCUGUAAAACUGCUCGCUGGAUUAAGAUGGGCCCGGGCAACUUUUAGUAUGCACAAAAGUGGCACCUCGAAGCAAUUUCCAAGAUGUUCUCGUCCAUUGAAAUUAAGUUCAAGCCACGAGCUUGACUGCUCAAGAUGGGGCCUGCAGGAGCUGAUGAAAACCUAGGGUCAGCUGAAGCUAUUGGUGCGCCAGUCCGGAAUAUUCUGCGACCCACUCGCCCAGAGGUCCACCAGGGAGGGUAAAGAGAACAAUUCUGCUAAAUGCUGCCACACAAACUGUUCUUUGCAUGGUUUUAAAUAAUGAUGUUAGAAUCGCUAGAUUAUGGUUUCAGACAUCCUCUGCUGUCUUAUUGAGGUGCACACAAUUGAAGUGGUAAAUCUUCAUUAAGAGACACUGACAGGGCAAUGACACCACCUUCUGAGAAUAUUUUGGCAUUAAACAACUUGUAUCAUGAAGAAGGUGAAAAAUGCCAAGUUUGUGAUGAUGCAGAAGUGAAGAAAAAAACCCAAAGAAACAUUGGCUGGGGCCUUCGCCAGUUCAGUAUGCUAGUUUGUAAGAAGGUCGAGGCGAAGGGAAGAACGACAUAUAAUGAGGUUGCUGAUGAAAUUAUAGCAGAAUUGGCACCAUUGCAGAAAAGUGCUAGUUCAUAUGUGCAGUUUGAAGAGAAAAAUAUUCGGCGGAGGGUGUAUGAUGCAUUUAAUGUUCUCAUGGCAAUUGAUGCCAUUGUGAAAGACAAAAAGGAGAUAAGGUGGGUAGGGUGGUCUUGUACGAAAAGUGCAGAACUAAAAAGAGUGAAGGAAGUACACAUGAAUCUAAUGAACAGCAUCCAGAGAAAAGCAAGAUUCUUAAAAGAACUUGAAGACCAAUUUGUAGAUCACCAAAAUCUCAUGUUGCGAAACCAACGGUUGCAUAAGUCAGCAAAUAUGUCUUCUCAAGGCGUUGCUCUGCCAUUUUUGUUGGUCCGAACGAGUCCCAAGGCUACGGUUGAGAUCGAGAUCUCGGAAGAUCAACAAUUUGUGAAAUUUGACUUCAAUGGAACGCCAUUCAACUCACAUGAUGGGGCUGCCAUCCUCAAGGAAAUGAGAUGCUCCCGAGCACUAGAAACUGAGAAUGCCACCAGAGGUUCCAUGGAUGGUUCAAAUUCAAUCGCCGAUCUAAGUGGCAAAUAACUGGAGACAGCUUCUGUCUCAUGGAAGUUAUGAACUUGUGGCAGCUGACAUGGACAUAGGACGUAGGCUCAUCAAAUUGACAUGGUGACUAACAGAUUGGAUGGUUGAGGCAGUCGGUCAUUGUUCAGUUUGUACAUAUUAUCUCCCCUUUUUUGGUACUUUGAAAGAUCUUGGAAACACUUUCAGGUCACAGAAAGGGCAUUUGGCUUUGGUGGUGUUAAUUCGUAUUCUGUCCACGUCAUGGUUAAUAUAUGAUUCUUGUCCACGUCAUGGUUAAAAUUGAUAUUAUUAUAUCAAUUUAGAUAUCUGAUGGGAGUUUUUGAUUGGUCA